AUGUCGUUACGAUCUGCUAUCACUCGAAUUAGGUCAAUUCCGGAGCUCCAGAAGAAGUAUAACAUCUUCAUUACCCUUGAUAGAGAUGCCGAGCAAAAACUGCAGGACAAAGAGCAAAAGGAUCAGCUACUUUCGUACCUUGUAGCAGGAAUUAAGGAUAACAUUGUGACGAAGGACAUGCGAACGACUUGUGGAUCAGAAAUUUUGAAUGAUUACGUUUCGCCUUACGAUGCAACAUGUAUCAAGAUGCUCCGCGAUAGUGGUAGCAUUAUUAUUGGCAAGACAAACAUGGAUGAAUUUGGGAUGGGAUCUGGAGGCUUACAUUCAUAUUUCAAACCAGUUAUUAACCCUUUGUUUGAUGAUCAGAAAAAAGUAGCUGGUGGUUCCUCAUCGGGAUCGGCAGCAGCAGUUGCUGCAGGUGCUGUUGAUUUUGCUUUAGGAACCGAUACUGGUGGUUCGGUGAGACUUCCGGCGGCUUAUACUUCAAUAUUGGGUUUCAAACCCUCAUAUGGAAGAAUCUCAAGGCAUGGUGUCAUUGCCUAUGCACAAUCACUGGAUUGUGUAGGGAUUCUUGCAAAAGAGUAUUAUAUUCUUAAAAAAGUGUUCUCUGUUCUAGAUAAGCACGAUGAUAAGGAUCCCACUUCAUUGAGCAAGGAAUUGAGAGAGAAGGCCAGUCAAAGAACUAAGAAAAAUAAGACAUUUAGAAUAGGUAUUCCGCAAGAGUUUAUUCAAAAUUCAAUCCCAUCAGAAAUGCGUACUACAUACUUGAAUUUUGUGGAAAAGCUCAUGUCCAAGGGCCAUGAAGUGUUUCCUGUUACUAUACCAUCUGCAAAAGAUUCUCUUCCGAUAUAUUAUACACUAACACCAGCGGAGGCUGCAUCAAACCUGUCACGCUAUGAUGGCAUUAGAUAUGGUGAGCGAGAUGAGAAGCGAGAUAUACAAGACGGCACCUUAUUCGCCCCUACGAGAUCAAAAUUUGGCACCGAAGUUCAGAAUAGAAUAAUAUUAGGGAACUACAACCUAUGUUCUGCAGCAUUCAAGGAUCAUUAUGUUAAAGCGCAAAAAUUAAGAGUGAAACUGAUAAACGAUUUUGACGCCGUUUUCCGACUCCCAAACCUACUGUUUGGCUCAAAAGGGAAUGAAAAUGGAGUGGAUUUUAUUUUAUCUUUGACCGCGACCAAUUAUCCGCCUACCAUAGAUUCUUUUCACAAAGCCGAUUUAGUAUCACCAACCAAUGAAUACCUUAACGAUGUUUUCACAAUGCCAAUGUCAUUGGCGGGCCUCCCCACCUUAUCACUGCCACCACUAAAAAAUGUGCCGAUAGGUGUUCAACUGACAGGGCAGUAUGCUGAUGAUAUUUCAGUUAUUGAUUUCUGCUCUUCCCUGGAAGAUUAA